CCGCGGGCCGCAGAGGCGGGUCGGCGCGCGCGGGCGGCGCAGCGCAGCUCGGCUCGGAGUGGCUCGGCUUAGCACGGCUCGGCACGGCACAGCACAGCACAGCACAGCACAACACAGCGCGGCGAGACAACAUGCCGGUGUCAAGAAUGCGCAUGAGGCCCUGGCUGGAAAUGCAGAUUAAUUCCAAUCAGAUACCAGGACUGAUAUGGAUUAACAAGGAUAAGAUGAUGUUUCAAAUCCCAUGGAAACACGCAGCGAAGCAUGGCUGGGACAUGGAGAAGGAUGCCUGCCUCUUCCGGAGCUGGGCCAUUCAUACAGGAAGAUAUAAGAUAGGCGAGAAAGACCCUGACCCCAAGACCUGGAAGGCAAACUUCCGCUGCGCUAUGAACUCCUUGCCCGAUAUAGAAGAAGUGAAGGACAAAAGCAUCAACAAAGGCUCCAGCGCAGUCAGAGUGUACCGAAUGCUGCCGCCCCUGACGAAGGACCAGAAGAAAGAGAGGAAGUCGAAGUCAUCAAGAGAAGCAAGAAACAGGAGCAAAAGAAAGUCGUAUGAAGACACGAGGACAGAGGAGUCAGUAGAAAGCCUAACCAAUACUACUCUACCGGAUGACCACAGUGGUUACACAGUACAUGGCUACACGGGCCAGGAAGUGGAGGUGGAGAGCACAUCCAUCACCUUAGACCUCUCGCCCUGUGAGGUGAACUGCCCCCUGACCGACUGGAGGACCACCAUGGAAAUCGCCAUGGCUGACAGCACCAAUGACCUCUACCAGCUCCAGGUGUCCCCCCUGGCUUCGUCCUCAGAAGUCACAGAUGAAGAUGAAGAUGAAAUGAAAUCGGAGAUUUUUAAGCUGCUGGAGCCGGCGCCGGAGUGGCACACGACCAGCGUCGGGGGAAAAGGCUACCUCACCAACGAGCCCGGCUCGCAGAGCGGCUGCGGCGCUUACAGCUACAAGGAGCAGGACGCCGAGAUCGACACGACGUCAGGAGAAUUAGAGUUCCGAUUUUUCGACCAAAAAUCCAGCCUGGACUUCUCCUGGCUGGAGACGGUCAGGCCCCCCAUGCAAGCCAUCACCUGCGGCUUGUAGGCCGCCGGCCAGCAGCCGCCUGUGAAGACCCCUUCACAGCCCUGACGAGAACGGAAGAAGUUGUUUGUUACUGGCUGGAAGCAGAAAGUAGCUUUUCUAUUCCGUUUAACUCUUAGGUGUUAAAAAAAUUAAGCAAGGAAAACGCCAUUUUAAAAAAGAAAAAAGAAAAAAAAAAAAGGGGAAUCCCAGGCGUUAGCAGCACUCUUUGCAUUGAAGAUGCACGUACCUGGUAGUCACUUCGGAUGCGAAGCCCUUGCCGUAACGUUGCUGAUGCGAGCGGGGUCUGGCGCGUGCUGUGCGCUGUCCCUUUGGGUGAGAGGCGAUGAGCACUUUACCCGGGAGUGCUAAGGGGACACAGCGCAAAGGAGUUGCUAAUACGUUCGUUUUGGUUGCUGCUUACCUGUGCAACACUGGCGAAGCCGUGAGCUUCAAGACUGUCUUUGCACUCUUAAGAGCUGGUGCAAUUUCUGCUAACUGGCCCUCAUUUACUCAAGCACCACAUAGUUCAUCUUCAGAUCAGAUCUUUGAAACUUGUGUAAAUAGGUUUUAGACCAAUAAAAUGUGAAAAUUCAGUUUAGGCUUUGCUUCCAUAUAGUACACAUAUUCAGGAGAGCCACUCAUAAGAUGUUAUCCUGCUAGUAGGCAUGGUAUAUAUCUUUCCACAUAAUAGGUGAAGAGCUGCAGCACGAGACAAUUUUUGCACUGAUGGAGGCAGAACUUUUUAUUUAUACGCUGCCUUUCAGCGAUCCGUUUGACUGCUCGUGCUAGGAGGACGCCAGCAGUACUGUAACGAGUCGGAAACCGCACUGGGCAUGCGAGAACGCAGAAUGGAAGAAGUUCUAGUUUAUGCUUAAGACAUAGGAAUUGAAUCACUAAGUUGUAACAGAAUAUUUUCUUGUACAUUUUAUUUUUGUAUAUAAAAUGCUGUAUAUUUGUGUUAAUAAAUGUUUUAUAUACGA